AUGAAACACUUGACUCGCGCCGUUCGGCCGUUGCACGUGCAAGCCGCGCCUGUUGCUGCGUCGGCGCACCCAGGUGCCCUCUCGCGUGUUCCUUCUGCUGCCGCCGUGGACUUGCCGGCGCCCACUCCGGGCGACCAGGUGCGGCUCCAGGCGUUGGGGUCUCCUCCGUCGGUGGCCAGUGUGGCCGUGCCGCCGUCCUUGCCGGUGUUUGUCCGCCGCGGCAGUGUUUUGGCGGUGCUGGGCCGCAUAGACCGCAUCGUCUCGGCGUUUGUGGCGCCAAUGUGGCUCCGCCGUUUGACGCUUGGAAACAUUGUUCUGCGCUACCAGCGCCUUGUGGCCACCGAGCCGUUUGCCGUCUUGGCCAGCGCCAGCGCGCCGUCGCUCUGGCCGCAGCUUGUGCGUCGGGCCACGCCCCGCUCAUUUGCGUCGCUUACACUUGACGGCACCGCCGACUGGGCCGUGUUGAAACGCGACGCUUUGCAAGUGUACGCCGGGCCUGCGCUCACGCUUUCGGUGCACGCGGCGCCGCAGCGUAUUUCCCGCCGCUUGGCCCAGUCCCUCAACACCCUGCGCAUCCCCACCGGUUUGCGGCGCACGGGAUACACCUUUGUCAGUGGGCGCGGCGUGGUGGCCUUGGCGGGCCACGGCCUGGUGUAUGCUGCCCGCGUGGCGGCGGACGAGCAACUCACGGUUGCACGCAGCAGCAUCGUGGCCAUUUCGGUCAACGGGCCGCACGACUUGCACAACUGUGUGGCGCAGAUGCCGCAGACCCAAGCGUCUGCCGCAGGCUCUGCCGGCUCUGCCACCUCCGCCGCUGGAUCCAAUUCGCGCAAAUGGACCGAUUUGAAGUGGAAGGACGUGGUGCCGUGGGUGCGGGGCGUGUGGCUGAAGCUCGUGCUGGCGCCGCGCUGGGGGCUGGGCUUUGUGCGGGUGCUGGGCCCACGGACGGUGUUGCUCCAGUCGGGCGGAGCGCAGCAGAUGUGGGAACACACGGUGCGGGGGCCGCGGCUGGCGCUGGCUCCGAAAGUCAGCGCCGACUACUUGAACGUGGUGACGUUUGACCAGGCGCACCGGCCCGAAAUCCGGAGCACGCUGGACUUUGGCGAAGCUGUGCGGGCAAUCGAAAAGACAAAGUGA